AUGUGGAGGAAACUCCUUAAGCUCCGGCCACUUGCUGCAAAUUUUCUGAAAGUAGAUGUGAAAGAUGGUUGUUCUACUUACUUAUGGUUUGAUAACUGGCUAAGUAUAGGACCUUUGAUUGACAUUUCGGGUGAAGUGGGUACAAGACUUCUUGGCAUCAGAAGAGAAGCCAAAGUUUCAGAAGUUAUCAGAGGGAACAAUUGGGCUUUAAGGCGAAGUCGAAACCGGAGCGUUCAGGACAUAAUCACAUACCUCCGGACAGUUUCGAUACCAAAUGAUAUGGCUGGACAAGACCGGAUUCUCUGGAAGUAG